AUGGCGGCGACGGGCGCCACGGCCGCCGAGCUGGACCUGUCGCCCGAGCAGCUGACCCGCGCGAGGGCGGAGACCCCAAGCGUGCAGCGCGCGCUGCACUUCAACCACGCUGGGGCCUCGCCGCCGCCGGAGCCGGUCCUCGAGCGCGUCGUCGCCCACCUGAGGCGAGAGGCAGAGGUGGGCGGGUACCAGGCCGCCGACGAGGUGGCUGACGAGCUCGCGGGGGUGUACGACGCGAUCGCCGCGCUGCUGGGCGCAGCCCGCGACGAGGUGGCGUUGGUGGAGCACGCCACGCUGGCGUGGACGAAGGCGAUCUCCAGCGUUCCCUUGGGCGCUGGCGACGUGGUGCUGAUUGCGGGCCGAGCGGAAUACGCGGCGAACAUGGUGGAAAUCUUACGCCUUUGUAAGGAGAAAGGCUGCUCGGUGAAGGUGGCGCCCUCGGACUCCACGGGCCAGGUGCCUCGACAUGGAGCCGUGGGGCCGCCAGGUGCGCCUGGUCGCGCUCACGCACGUGCCCACGAACGGCGGCCUGGUGAACCCCGCGGAGCUCGUGGGCGCCGCGUGCCGCGAGCGAGGCGUGCUCUUCCUGCUGGACGCGUGCCAAUCGGCGGGCCAGCUCGAGCUCGACGUCGGCAGGCUGGGCUGCGACUUCCUCGCCGCCACCGGCAGGAAGUUCUUGCGCGCGCCCCGUGGCACGGGCUUCCUGUACGCCAGGCGUUCCAGCCUGGAGCCCUCGGGGAGCCUGCGCUGCUGGACCACUGGGCCGCGCCCCUCGCGGAGGACGGUCGCAGCUACCAGCUGAGCGGCACUGCGAGGCGCUUCGAGUUCUGGGAGGGCGCCGUGGCCAGCCGGCUCGGCCUUGGAGUCGCCGUGCGGUACUUCCUGAGCCUGGGCCCCGCCGCCGUGGAGGCGCGCGUCGUGCGCCUGGCGGCGCAGCUGCGCGCGGGCCUCUGGGCGGCGCAGGUGCCGGGCCUGGAGGUGGUGGACCUCGGGGCCAGGCGCUGUGGCAUCGUCACGUUCCACCUCGGCGCCCAGGGGCCCCCCGCCGCGGAGCUCAAGAGAGCACUGAUCGAGCGCGGCGCCUUCGUGUCCACGUCGCCGCCCGCGUCCACGGCGCUAGACGCCCAGGCGCGGGGGCUGCCGGAGCUGCUGCGCGCCUCCGUGCACUACGUCAACACCGAGGAGGAUAGAGGUGGGCCGCCUCGUCGAGUUGGUGUCCGAGUGCGCGCGCCACUGGCGCGCCUCGCGCUAGUAACGCGUGCGCGCGCUGGUCGCGCGCCGCCCACUGCGCGGGGCAAAUCGCGCGGUCGACCGCGCGCUCCCAAGCUUCUGCCCAGAGGCUCGAAGCGGGUCCAUGAUUAG